AUGGACCGUGCUGGAUCGGAGCAGCAAGAUCGCGAGGCACUGCUGGCGCUGUACUGGUCCAGCGGGGGUCCGCGAUGGACCCGCAAUCAGGGGUGGGCUAGCAACGACGCGGACAUGGGGAGCUGGCACGGGGUGACGUGCAAGAACGGGAGGGUCGUGCGGCUCGAUCUCAACAGGAACGGGUUGGUCGGCACAAUCCCUGCUGCGCUUGGAGGCCUUGCCAACGUCGUCUACCUGCGCAUGAGCUUCAACAGCUUGACUGGACCGAUCCCAAGCACGUUCGGAAACCUCUCCCGCCUCAACUACCUCGACAUCCGAUCGAACCAGCUUACCGGUAGCCUCCCGGCGGAGCUGGGUAAGCUGACGGAGGUGUCGAAGGUGGACUUCAGCUGUAACCUCCUCGGGGGACACAUUCCCCCGGAGGUUGGCAACAUGACCGGGCUCAUGCUGUGCUGGCUGGAGAAGAAUCACAUCCAAGGCCCUAUUCCGGCGGAGCUGGCAAACAUCCCUCAGCUCACGGACCUCGACCUUGCGGAGAACCGUGUCGAAGGGACGACUGCAGGGGAAAGGGCUCAUGGAGUGGAAAGAGGCGGCGAGGCAGCGCCUGAUCGCUUCGCAAAGCGGGGCGGCUUCUUGGAAUCACGGACCACCCGCCCCUUCCGAAAGGAACGACGCCGCGGCCAACCGUCAUAUCGACGGGAGCAAAAAAAAUAAAGUACGGCUCGUAGCCUUGUGUUUCAUGUUUGUUUGUUUUUUUGCUUCACUUCAAAUCAGCGCUCACAGCACUAGUGCCGUUCACUCCAACCCGUGGUCACACAGAAGAGUCCCUCUCUACCCUCCCCUCCUGCGGUACUGUGCCACCGAUUUUUAAUGCGAGAAGAGUUCAGCACUCUCUUCCCUUUGUGUACACACGAACUAGCGUUAUCCACUAGGCCAGGAGCGGAAGCGAGAGAAAAACUCACUUUGCAAGAAAAGCUCGCUUACGCCGGGAUUCGAACCCCUGGCCUGACCUCGAGCAGGUUUCGAGGAUACCAACUAAACCACCGGGGCGACC